AUGGCGCCCGACGAGAACCAGCGCAGUCGACCCAAGAGGCAGCCCUCGCUGAGAACCCCGCCUCGUCGACGAGAUCGGGCUGCCUCUGAGGCCGUGGUGACGGACGGCUUCGUGCUUCCUGCGCUUGAAGCGCCUGCUGAUGCGCCUCCAGCCUAUGGACAUCAUCAUGACCAGCUUCAGUUCACGCGGACCGGAUUCGAUGCCGAAGCGGCUGUAACAGGCGAUGGAAGAAUCAACAUUAAUAUCAAUACCAAGAACCACAGGCUUGCUGAGCUUCUUGCACCGAGUAUCGCCAAUCAGAUAGCCGUUUCUGUCCGGCCGACGAGGCCGCCGGCAUACACCCUCCCGAGUCUCGUAGGCGAGCCUGGCAAGCAGCCUCCACCGCGGCUUAAUGUCGUCAUUCAAAUUGUUGGGUCGCGUGGCGAUGUUCAGCCCUUUGUUGCUCUUGGAAAAGUCCUCAAGGAAAAGUAUGGCCAUCGAAUCCGUAUUGCAACGCACCCAACGUUCCAGACCUUUGUUGAAGAGAAUGGCCUCGAGUUCUUCAGUAUAGGGGGAGACCCCGCCGAGCUAAUGGCCUUCAUGGUUAAGCAUCCGGGACUCAUGCCUGGCCUGGAUGCCUUGAAGAGCGGCGAGAUCAGCAAGCGCCGCAGAGGCGUUCAAGAGAUGCUGCUUGGGUGCUGGAGAUCUUGCAUCGAGGCGGGCGAUGGGCUGGGACCGCCACCAGAACCUCAUAGGAAACUCGAGCCCUGGGAUCCGGAAGCCGGCAUGCCUGGAGAUCCAAACCACGAGCCCUUUGUGGCCGACGCAAUCAUUGCGAAUCCGCCUAGUUUUGCUCAUGUCCAUGUUGCGGAGAAGCUUGGAAUUCCCCUGCACAUGAUGUUUACGAUGCCUUGGUCACCUACGCGAGCGUUUCCUCACCCACUAGCGAAUGUUCAGUAUUCUAAUGCCGACGAUGUUCUCACUAACUAUUUGACUUAUACACUGGUUGAAAUGAUGACAUGGCAGGGAUUAGGGGAUGUCAUCAACCGAUUCCGCGAGAGUGCAUUGGAUCUUGCUCCCCUCUCGCUCAUCUGGGCUCCAGGUCUUCUCAACAGAUUGAAGAUAUCUUACACUUACUGUUGGUCACCGGCAUUGAUCCCGAAACCGAAUGACUGGGGGCCGCAUAUUGAUAUUUCUGGCUUUUACUUCUUGAAUCUUGCAUCUUCGUAUACUCCAGAGCCUGAUCUUGCCGCCUUUUUAGAGGCCGGCCCGCCUCCAGUCUAUAUUGGCUUUGGUUCUAUUGUGGUUGACGAUCCAAAUGCCAUGACUAGGCUGAUAUUUGAUGCUAUCCACCUUGCUGGCGUCCGAGCUCUAGUUUCUAAAGGCUGGGGAGGCCUGGGAGCCGACGCAGUGGGACUACCUGAAGGCGUUUUUAUGCUUGGCAACGUUCCUCAUGAUUGGCUCUUCGAAAGAGUCUCUUGCGUCGUCCACCAUGGCGGCGCUGGAACGACGGCGGCUGGCAUAAAAGCUGGUAAACCCACCCUCGUGGUACCUUUCUUCGGAGACCAGCCAUUUUGGGGCGCCAUGAUUGCGAGGGCCAAAGCUGGACCCGAUCCGAUUCCCUAUAAGAGCUUGACUGCGGAGAAUCUGGCCGAGGCGAUUAAAUUCUGCCUUAAGCCAGAAACGCAAGAUCAAGCAAAAGCGCUUGGCUUCAAGAUCCGCGAAGAAGAUGGUACAGAAGUGGGCAGCCGCAGUUUUCAUAAUCACCUUGAUAUAGAUUCUCUUCGCUGUUCCGUGGCCCCUAGUCGAGCUGCGGCUUGGCGCCUGAAAAGAACGAAGGUGCGACUUAGCCCACUCGUUGCCGCGGUUCUCGUCAAGCAAGGUCUCCUGAAAUAUACCGAUCUUAAGCUAUAUCGCCCUUAUGAGUACAACACGGAAGAUCAGCCUCCUGAUCCAAUCUCAGCAGGUGCCUGCUCUCUUGUUACUGAUAUUAGCGAUAUUGGUAUGGCCAUAGUGGAUAUGCCUUUGGAUAUCCUGAAAAGCCCUAAAAAGGCUAGAGAUUCCUUAAGGGAUAGUGGUAGUCAGGCAAGUGGAGAUGAAAGUGAUACAGGAUCAAAACGGAAUUCGACUCAAGACCACCCUGGUGUCAAGUCACCAGCAAGGACCAGCGGAGAUUCCGCCGGCGAAUCAAACGCUGUCACAGGGCAACUUACCCAGUUUCCGACAGUGCCGACGCAAAUUGGUCGAACACGAUCUCCUACUAUCGAAAGCCAGGGCAGCCGGUCAUCAUCUCGCCGAAGGGCGCUCUCUGCAGCCGCGACUAUGGAGGCCGCAGUGGGCACGACCAGAAACGUCGGGCGUAUUGUGUCUACGGGAGUCAAGUCACCCAUGAACUUUUGUCUAGGGCUUGCAAAAGGUUUCAGGAAUAUUCCGCGAUUAUAUAACGACGACACCGUUCGAUCCAUCGAAAAGGUCACAGAUUUCAACAGCGGCGUGCGAGUCGCCGGGAAAGAAUUUGGGUUCGGCCUUUAUGACGGCAUCUCAGGACUGAUUACGUUACCAAUGAGAGGAGCACAAAAAGAGGGUGCUGCUGGGCUGAUCAAGGGCGUUGGAAAGGGUAUUGGAGGGCUCAUUGCGAAGCCCGCAGCAGGUUUUUGGGGUCUCCCAGCAUACGUGAUGCAAGGUGCCUAUGCUGAACUUAACAAAUUCUUGUCAAGAAGUGUCCAGAAUUAUAUCAUCACAUCGAGAGUAGUUCAAGGCGAACGGGACCUUCAGAAUGCAUCAGAGGGAGAGAAGGCCGACAUUAUCUAUCGCUGGAAUCACGACCCUGAUUUGAAGAUUAUUCAAGAAACAAAACUGAGGGGACAAGAGAGAGAACAAUCUAAAGUCGGAUCUGGAGGCGGACCGACCUCCUGGUUCCCUACACUCCAAGAUGGACGGCGUCAAAUGGGGGCUGCAUUGGAGGAAAAGCCGCGGCGACAGCGAUCGCGAUCAGGCCGAAUCUCAAGUCGCUUUUCUCUUUCCCGCUCCUCCUCUCCUGCGCCAGUAAACUGGGAAGAAUCACUCAAUACCGAUGCAGAAUUUGAGGAAGCUAUCAUGGUCUCAGUCAGAGAGACCUCUCGUGGAGAUCCGGAAGAAGACGCCAUGAUUGAAAUAGCUAUUCGCGAGAGCAUCAAGGCAAUGCAGCAGCAGGGUUCUUCUCUGCCUGAUCCUGCGGUCUUAAAAACAGAAGGCAACAGGAAUUCAGACGUCUUUGAAGACGAGGAGUAUAAAAUCACGGAUGAAGAGUAUCAGAAUCUUAUUGAACAGGCUAUUCGGGAGAGCUUGGCUGGGCACGAAAAAGAGCUUUCUGUACUGCCAGGGUCAAGCUCACGGGGAAUUGGGGCCGGACUUGUGCAUACUGAUGAGCCGCGUAGCAGUGGCUCGGCGUUUACACCGAAUACCGACGAGGAUGCCGAUUUACGGCGUGCCAUUGAUGAAUCGCGCAAGAUACCUCCUACAUUGCCACCGAGGGAACAGGAAGAUGACGAAGAGGAACAUUUCCGGAGAGCUAUUGAGGAGUCUAUGAAUGAAAUGGAGCAGAUGAAGAAAGAGAAGACGGAGGAAGACAUUGUGAUGGAAUAUGUCAAGAAGCAAAGCCUAGCCGAGGAGGAGUUUAAGAAACGGAAGGAUUCCAAGGGAAAAGGCAAAGAGGUAUCAGAAGUGGCGAGCAAUGCUAGUGAUGAGGACGAGGAGUUAAAAAGGGCCAUUGAAGAGAGUUUGAAGAUAAAUGGCGGAGAUGGCGAUGGGCCGUCGGGGUCAUAA